AUGGGGUUGCAAUCGCAGCCGCCUUGGCUAUGUGCCAGCAGCGGAUACGCCGACACUCUUAGUACUGCAUUCAAGCACCUCGCUCAUUCCGCCCCUGACGUACAGGGGGGAGAGUCUGUAUGUGUGGAAUUCAACUCACCGCGACUGGCGACCCCCCACCUUGCAGAACGCAGCAUGCGCAGACACCGUUCUGCCGCCCCGCAGCACGCCUUUUCACUUGCAGGAAGACUGGUGACGCGGGCGAGUGUGGGGGAAGAGGCGGAAGCAAGGAGAUUCCCGUCCUUCAGGCCUCUGAACAAGUCGAUGGCACACCCUAAUUGGCGAUUUCAGGCAUCUCUCCAAUCAAUGCGCCAUCAUCGGCCUCCAUACCCCCAUCUGCCCGUGCUCCAUCGAGCCACCCUCUUAGUACCUAGAUAG